CGUAUAGGCAGGGUUUUUCUAACUAGUCUGCUACCUUCGGGGCUGAGGCGCAGUGCAGACGCCCAUUAUACGGAUGAUGGCUCUAGGCGUCUAGGGGGUAUGUCACGAGAUAUAGAUGUAGUUAAUACUACCCAUAUUAAGUGGGCCCGCUUUUUAUAA